AAAUCUUGUGACAGUUGUGUGAGUGGUGUUUUCUCUUUUUGGUUUUGUUUUGUUUUGGGGGGGGGAGUUGGGGUAGAAUUCCUGUAAUUGUGUGAAACCGUAAAGUACCUUAUUCUCCUUUAUAUUUUCACAUCUCCAAGUUGAUGGUAUUAAUUUUACAAAUCGCCUUCGGUGCUUGAACUUGCUUUCGGCUGUGAUGCCUCAAAUCUCAAGCAAGUUUCUCUUGUUUCUGUAAGCCAGCCCUCUCAUAGCACCACUCUUCUUUUGUGUCUUCCACACAAUCCAAGUGGACUAUUCAGCAAAUUCUUCUGCAGUGUCUGCUUGGUGGAAUUAUGAUCCCUGAUAGUAAUGGAGGUUUCUUUGUUAAUAAUUUUUUGGUACAUUGUAUCAAUUUUAUUCUAUUUGCAACCAAGGUAAGCAUUAUUAUUUCUAUUUCAUUGAAUACCAGUGGGAGACUUUUUUUUUUGAAAUAGCUUAGAAACACUAUAAAUGUUAGCCACUUCCUUAGUCAAGAGGAAGAAAUAUUUUAGAAUGGUACGUUAAAUAUUUUUGGGGUUCUCCUUUCCUUCCUUGUUACACCUUCCUUUUUCUGAAGUUUGGAAAGAAAAGAUACUUCUACAGAAGUCUGGCAGUCCUGUUUGCCUUUGGUUUUAUCUGUAAAAUGAGUGUGGACGAGAAAAAGUGAAACAGAUGCUCCUUUUAACUUCUUGACAAGAACACAGAAUAUUCCUGAGUUCUCUGGGUGAGCAGCAGGGGUCGUGUCCUCAGAGAGCAGCAGCAGAUGAUACUCUGAGACUACAGAACAUGAGAUUGUGUCCUGUUCCUCAGAGCAGGUGCAGUUUUAUAAGGCUGGAAGCUAGAGAAGUUCUUUCAAAACUUUGUAUGGAAAAGGAGUACAUCUGAAGAUUUUUUUUUUUUUUUUUGCUACAGUUCUUUUAAGCAUUAUGACAAAGAACAUUCCAAAUAAGAGAAACUCUAGGAAUCCUGAACAAUUGGUCAAGCAGACUUGCUACUUUUCUGCAAGAAUUUCUUCCUUGGCUCUAGUUUGUAAUGUAAUGGUAGGUGUUGGGUUUUUUUCUCCUAAGAGAAUCUAAGGAUUCUCUUAGGAUCCUUAGAGACUGCACAUGUCUGUCUUGAAGGAAUUUUCAGUGUCCUGAAGCAACAUAAGUCAAAAAAUGUUGUUAAGAUGCUACUUUUAGACUAGAUGCAGAAACUGAAAGGUACUUAAAAGAUCUUAUUUUACCAUUUAUGUUCUCUUUUUUUGGAGAAAGGGAUAUUUCUGGUCCUCCUUUCCCCCAGCUUUACUAAGAUUUUCUUGCUGUUGUUCCUUAUUUUAGUUAGGCAAUUCCCAACUUCAGACCGAAGCUGUAUUAUACGAAGUAAUACACACACAAGUAUAUGAAGAGAUGGGAACUUGAUAGGGUGUCCAAAUGAGGAGAGAGAAAGGAGGCAGCAUACCUUCUUCCUCAGUGAAGGAGAACAGAAAAGUACAGAAGUGCUUUAAGUCACGUAGAAAGUUUGUACUUAUUAGUUCUUCUCAUAUUUUAAUUUUUUAUCCGUAUUUCAAAGCCACCAGGCUUUUCCCCUUUCCAAAUCUGUUAUUAUAUAUUUUUAAUGUAGUACUUAAUGUUAAGUGUACAAACCAGGGAAGAGGCUCUAAACUGAAGAUGACCUUUGGCACUGAAUAAAUUCUUAAUAAUAACUACAAGCUUAAGUAACUGAAACUCUGUAUGGGACCUAUGCCAUGCUGGAGAAGAAAGAAAACAAAAGAAAACAACCCAAGUUGUAAGACUGUUACUUCAGUGCCUGGAAACUCAGGAACCCCUGUGAAGAGUAAGCUAAGGACUUGUGCACAGCUGUGAGAAAGCAAUCUGUCUUCUGUCUGUGGGUGGGGAAGUGAGUAGUAGAUGUGUUGAUUAUAUCUGUGAAGCUGUACCUAUGUUGCCCGUUACCUUUUCUUUAAAAGGUCAAUGUAAGCCUAGUUGAAGCAUGCCACUAAAAACAAGCAAUUUUUUUUUCACUACUGGGAGCCAGAAGCCAAAAGGAUUCAUGCACACAAAAUUUCUUUCCAGUGUCCUUCCUGCUUUUCUCCAAAUAAUAACGUGUUCUGAAUACUGGAUCUUGCACCUUCUCCUGGGGCUGCAGCAAGAGGUCUGGAAGUGAGGUACAGGGUGCUGAAGGGCUGCUGAAGGUUGCUGUUCAGCAAAAAAAAACAACGAAACAAAAACAACCAAAAAAAAUUGUAUGAACAAAAAAUAGAUGAAGAAUGAUGCUGGAGUCCAAAAGGAAGAAUAGUAGAAAAAAUCCUAGAGAUCCCACCAAGCUGCAGUUUAUUUCCUUAAACCCACAUCUGAUGUGGCAGGAGAUUAUUGAAACAAGCUAUACUGUAAAUUUUUGCUUCUUUUCUGGGCACUUUCAGUCCAUCCCUACCUGCAUUUUGUGUAACCAUCAGUAAGACUGCAGUGCAGUAAUUGGCAAGGGUUACUAGAAGGGAAAAUCAGGCUGUGGUGACUCCUUUUGCUGAGAUCUGCAUUUGGGAGCAGAAAGUAAUGAAUGGAUGCAGUUCAGUUCCUGAUUCAGAGAUGUGGCUGCUUGUGGAAAAGGGCAUGGUUCAGUCUUCAUCAAGUGUUCCUAGUGUUUGCAUGUCAUGCCAGAAAGCCAAUAAGUUUAGUGAUGCAGUGAUUAGUUUAUUCUUUGAUAUGAAAUACUUGCAGUUUCUGCCUAAUACUUUGUAUUUAAUCCUUUGUGCUCAGACAGUGGAGAGUAAGGUAAGAUACUUUUGUUGCCUGACAUUUAAAGGAUAAUGGAAGUAAUUUGUGCAUGAUGUAGCAUGCAACAAUAACUGCAUUCUGUUGGAGAGUAGAAGUUUUGAUUAUCUUUUUAAUUGCUUGCAACACAUGGAAAUUCAUUGUAAUAAAGUUUGUGGAUCAUCUAGUGUACUCAAGUUGAGAAAAAAAUUUUGUACUAUGUAUGAAUUAAAAGAUUAUUUUGUCAGUUCUAACUCUGAUUUUUCAGUAUAACAAUGGAAAUUUCUUUUCAAGAACAAUGUUCUUGGAAUGUUUGGUCUUUUAUGUUUAUCAUAAGAGCUGAAAACCAAUCUUUUCGAUAUCUUUUUCCUGUUUCUGCAUGUUUUUUGAUGUCAGAGAUUUAAGGAUAUAGCACCAUCGUAAUGCUGCAGCUUAGAUGUGGAGCUCAUUCAGUAAGAAUGAAAAUGUGGAGGCCCGUAACUACUUUGUCAAUUGGAAGGAGUUGUGUGUAGGAAAACAGGAGAGGCUGAGAGCUCAAAACUCCCUACACUAAAUUAAGCUUUAUAGCUGGGCAUGUACAUGGCAAGUGUACAUGGCAUGUACAGUGACGAGGAGAAUCAUAAUCCGUGUCUAAAUUCUGCGUAGGAGUUUAAAAGAGCUUUGAAACUUGUAACUUUGUGAGUUACUGUAUUGAACUUGAGUAUUGAAAUUUGUGACAUCUACUAGCAAUGUGGGCUCAUUGGGAGUUAAUACACUAUUUUGGUGGGGGAAGUAUUGUACAGAUGCAGAUCUCCUUUUCAUAUAGGUAACAGUUUGUUUCUGUACAUCUUAGUGUUGGGCUGUUUUUCCAGAUUUCUUUCUAGAAUUAGAUUGGGCUUUCAUUGGUCAUGAAAAAAGUCAGUGUAUUUUUUUUUUGUAGAGUCUGCAGCCACUCAUUACCCUUAAUUAGUAGGAUUGUGGUCUGCUCUAUUAGAAGUGUAGCCCUGCCUUUUUACCUCCUGAGGAGCAAAGGUGAACUGAAACAUGUGAUAAAGAUCAAAAAGGACCUAUUUAAUAGCUCUGAAAAUCUGUGGCGUUUCUAAACAACUGUUAUCACCUUGGUCUCAUGUUACAAAGUUACUUCAGACAUGAUUAGGAGAAUGAAAGCCUCGCACAUUCAGUGUCAGAUCUGUAAUUCUGUGACUGUCUUCAUUUCCAUAAACAGUUCUAUGUAACUGCUGAGGUUGAUCCAUCUUUGCAGCAUUUUGUGCAGGAUGACAGCUGGGAGUACCCUGCCAAGCUGGGCCCUUGGUGCCAGUCUGCUUAGUGUCAUCUGGGAGCAUCGUUGCACUGGCACUACGGAAUAGCUGGUCACGUUUUUCAGACUUUUCUGACACUGUUAGGCUCUGUGGGUGAAGAAAGAAGCCAGGCAGACCUGCAAAGUUCUUUUUGUCAAGAGUAAAGAGAGCGCUUACAGACCAUUGAGAAAGUGCUUUUUUCUUCCCUCUUCUCAAACUACAGAUCAAAUGACAUUCAAAUAAAACAGAGGAAAUAAAGUAUCUUAGAGCAUGGACACCAGUAAGAAGACAGAACCCCCUUUAUCUGUAGAAAUGGUACAACAAAGGGCCAAUCCUGAUCGUAGUCCUUCAGCAUCCAUUUAUGUUCCAGAGCAAGGUGGCUACAAAGAGAAAUUUGUAAAUGCUGUGGAGGAUAAGUAUAAAUGUGAGAAAUGUCACUUCAUCUUAUGCAAUCCUAAGCAGACUGAAUGUGGACACCGAUUCUGUGAGACUUGCAUGAAUGCUUUGCUGAGCACUCCGAGUCCAAAAUGUACAGCAUGUCAAGAAAGCAUAGUAAAAGACAAGGUAUUUAAGGAUAAUUGUUGCAGGAGAGAACUACUUGCCCUUCAGAUAUACUGCAGAAAUGAAAACAAGGGCUGCAAAGAACAACUUUCCUUGGGUCAAUUACUGAUGCAUUUGAAAACUGAUUGUCAGUUUGAAGAACUUGCGUGUCCUCGUGCUGAUUGUAAAGAAAAAAUACUGAGAAAAGAUUUGCCAGACCAUGUAGAGAAGACCUGUAAAUACCGGGAGACAACUUGUAAAUACUGUAAAAGCCAAGUCCCAAUGAUUAUGUUGCAGAAACAUGAAGAUACAGACUGCCCGUGUGUCAUGGUUUCAUGUCCUCAUAAAUGCAGUGUUAAAACACUCAUGAGGAGCGAGUUGAAUGCACAUUUGUCAGAAUGUAUUAAUGCCCCAAGUACCUGUAGUUUUAAGCGUUAUGGCUGCACUUUUCAGGGAACAAACCAACAAAUUAAAGCACAUGAAGCCAGCUCAGCAGUGCAGCAUGUUAACUUAUUGAAAGAGUGGAGCAAUGCUCUAGAAAAUAAGGUGGCCUUGCUCCAGAAUGAAAGUUUGGAAAAGAACAAGAGUAUACAAACUUUACAUAAUCAGAUUUGUAGCUUUGAAAUAGAAAUUGAAAGACAGAAGGAAAUGCUACGGAAUAAUGAAUCUAAAAUACUUCAUUUACAGCGAGUGAUAGACAGUCAAGCAGAGAAACUGAAAGAACUGGACAAAGAAAUCCGUCCCUUCCGACAGAACUGGGAGGAGGCUGACAGCAUGAAGAGCAGUGUAGAAUCCCUCCAGAAUAGAGUGACUGAGCUGGAAAGUGUUGACAAAACUGCAGGGCAAGGAGCUCGAAAUACAAGCAUGCUAGAGACACAGCUCAGCAGGCACGACCAGAUGCUGAGUGUUCACGACAUUCGGCUGGCUGACAUGGACCUCCGAUUCCAAGUUUUAGAAACUGCUAGUUACAAUGGAGUGUUAAUUUGGAAGAUUCGAGAUUAUAAACGUCGGAAGCAAGAGGCAGUCAUGGGGAAGACUCUGUCCUUGUACAGCCAACCCUUUUACACUGGAUACUUUGGCUACAAGAUGUGUGCCAGAGUUUACCUUAAUGGAGAUGGCAUGGGCAAGGGGACGCACUUGUCGCUGUUUUUUGUCAUAAUGCGUGGAGAAUAUGAUGCGUUGCUUCCUUGGCCAUUUAAACAGAAAGUGACUCUCAUGCUAAUGGAUCAGGGUCCGUCUCGGCGCCACUUAGGAGAUGCUUUCAAGCCAGAUCCAAACAGUAGCAGUUUCAAGAAGCCAACUGGAGAAAUGAACAUUGCGUCUGGCUGCCCAGUCUUUGUGGCUCAAACUGUUCUAGAGAAUGGAACGUAUAUUAAAGAUGAUACUAUUUUUAUUAAAGUCAUAGUGGAUACGUCGGAUCUACCAGACCCCUGACAUAUGGUCGGGGAGGCAGAUUAAACAGAAGACAACUCCAUUUGGGGGUUUUAUAUCAGUUUGUCUUCAAUCAGAGGUCCUAAAGCUCACAGAACCACCUUGUGGAACAGAUGGAAGAGUUUGAAGGCAUAACUGCAUAGGGUCCAAAUGAGAAAGUAGCAACACAUUAAGAAAUCAUACCAUGGUGUAUUUUUUAAUAGAACUAGCAACACUUAAAACUCUGAAGAAUCACUUAUCCCUCAUGAGGAUAAUGAUUACGGUCAGAGAGGAUUUCUGUUUUGUUUUGUUUUGUUUUUAACUUAUUAAUGAUCUAGUCCAUUGGAGGUGAAAAGACAUAUACAGUAUGUGCUGAAUAAAUUACUGACUUUUAUUUCUUUAAGCUAGAAUACAAAAAUACAUUCACAUGUGGGCUAGCUGGAAAUUGUCAGCAUGUUAAAAGAAGAAAUGAAGUAAUGUUGCGAUUAUAUUAUUUGAAAAAACUGAGGUGCAAUCUUGUCUGAAAUAUAGUAUAUUGUCUUUUUAAGGCCUCAUCUGGUCUCUGUUUUAAUAAUUACUUUGUAAGAAGAUCUUGGAAAAGUAUCCAUGUCUUCUCAAAAGUAUCUGAAUCAAAAUCAUAUUUUUAUUUAAAGUUCUAUUGUUACAGAAAACAUUUUAUUUUAAAACUGUUGAUAGACUGAUAUUUCUUGGAAGAAAAAUAGAAGAAAUCAAACACUGGUUAUCACUUGUGAUAGGAAAAAAAACUAUUCAAUUCUGUUAUUUCUCUUUAGAAAUGUAAACCUACAAUAUAUGUCGUAAUUAAUGACACUAUUUCAAAAUUAAGGAAAAAUCACUCAUGGAUGCUGUGCAUCAUUAUCAGAUUUAUAAUUGUUUUCACCCUAAAAUAGGGCAUUUGUUGAACUUUGGAGUUCUAAACGGAAUCCUGUACAGUUUUUAAAGUUCUGCCCCAUGCUUUCCAAUCAAGCUAUAUAUGUUGCAAAUUAUGCUGUCAGCAGUAUAUAGUAUUUUCAGUAUUGGGGAGGAGGAUUAGUGCUGAAAAAGCCUAUAUGUUUGUUCCGUACUAGCAGCCAUUGCUUCUUAAGGACAGAUCAGCCAUGUCUUAAUACAGUGAUGGUGGCUUGCAUGCAUACAUGUGCCUUAGAUGUGCUGUGCUGCUUAUAAACCAUAGCUUUUUAUUCAGAUUAAUUCUGAUAUCUGAAAUAGUAGUUUAAUUGGACUUCAGGCAUAAUGUUUAGCCUUGACUUCAAAGCCCUUAGGGCACCUCGUGGUGUUCCAAAUACAAGCCAAAACCCAUUCCUUUGGCUUUGGGAGCUUCUGUGGCUUGGCCGUGGCAGAAUCCGCUUUACACAGGUGCCAAAACGUUAUGCUCAGUGCUCCUAUGGAGCUUGGACUAGGCAGUCUCCAUGGCCAGCAUGAAGGAGGGCGACAUUUUUCCUCUAAUGCCUGCGGUCGUAAGGUGGCAUCACUUUAAACAGACUCAUCCGGGGAACUCUGUGGGGCUGUGAAUGUAUGUGCUCAUGACAGCUUUUCUAACAGGGAAUGCACGGCCUUCUUUAUUCUAACAGCCUGAACUUUAGUGGAAAGCAUUUGCUAGCACUGAAACAUGCUGAUUGCAACCUGCUGUGUUCAUCUGCUUCUAUUUAAUAGUCUGUGACAAGCAAGUCUAGUGACAUAGCCUGACUGUGGUGCUUUUCAAAAUCCAGGAACUGCUUAAGUAGAGCAGGCUUGCACUGCUGUGGUAAGCCUGUGUGGGCUCGAAAGAAGAUGGUGCAUCUUAGUCUUUAUAAUGUCAGGUUGUAUCAGCUUUCUGCUUUUUUGAGGCAUAGUCACAAUUUUUUUGUCUAAGGUGCAGUUGAGUUCAUGCCUUUGUAUUUCAGCUUGUCUUUGCUGUUGUCUUUUUUGGCUGUGCCUUCACACACAGUGCCUGCAAGAAGUAUUUAUGAAUAUACAGUGCAUGCUAAGUGGUCUUCAUGGGUUUUCCAGGCACCUGCUAGAAUACUGCCUGCUGCUGACCAUCACGAUCGUCAGUAGCAACUUGUCUUCCUUUUCUUGCCUUCCAUUGUCCAGGUACUGUAUUCCCUCUAUGGUACACAGCUGUCAACAGGUGCAAGCUAAAAUAUGGAGGCACAUGCUAGCAUUUAAUUUCUAGCACACAAGGAGGACGUUCUGCACAAGAGAUAAAUAUCUAUAGAUAUACCUGCAUCUAUAUCUCUAGAUAUAAUUCAAUGGCACUUGCAGUUUUAUGCAGGCUGCAUAAGCAAACCCAUCACUUAUGCUUUAGGGCGAAGGUUCGCUCGAUUCGUGUCAUUUUAAUAAUUGUGAAUGUAGGCAGCUGAGCUUUUGUGUUUGUGCAUCACAGAAUUUUACUGAAAACAGGAUUCCCAAGUGGAAAUGUCCAAAGGACUCUCCUCCCAUUGCUAAUGCAUGUCUUGCAAACUUAAAUGAAAACGUUUGGCCAUCUCAAAACAGUUUAUAUCCUGUUUCGAUCUGGGACUUGGAGGAGAUUUCUAGUAUAAGCAGGGCCCAGCAUAUUCUGCAGAUUUGUGACUACAGUUUCCAACUCCUGUGACAGAAUUGCGCUUUUAAAUCCAGGCUCCGAAAGAGGAGGAAAAAAGAGUUUCCAGCCUUUGUGACUGAAAGAGGACUUUGAAAAGUGUAUGCUAAUAGGGAAGUCUUCCUGAGUGUGCACACAGCCCAAACUAGUAGCUUUAAGAGAUCUGAAUGUCUCCUCUUAGCGGGAUACUGACUCAGAAACUUCAGAGAGAAGUUUAAAUAUGAACACUGCUAACUAUCUUAAUGCCGAUCACUGUAGCAGAAACAUCAGUCACUGUUGUUAUUUCACAGAUCUCUAUGCUGCUUUCCACAUCUCCCAAGUGCCAAAAGCACCAGCUGCCAGAAUCUUCAGCUUCACUUGGGCAGCUUUUAUAAUGCAGUAAUGUGCUAUCGAUAUAAAAAUAUUUUUGCAUAUAUGCUUUUUACCACAGUUAAUAAAAUGGAGGCCUACUGCACUUUUUAAAACUACGUGAAGCUGCCAGAGAAUUUCCAGUUUGACAACCCUGCGUACUGUGAAAUCCGGGAUCUCGCUACACAAACGUACACACCGCCUGCUGUGGGAUACCUGAAGCCUUGACUGUAACACUCCUCUUUCCGCAGAACUCACAGGCUGUCUCUGCAGAGUUCUUACUUUGUACAUAGAAAUCUGUUUCCUCUACUUUCCAGCAAGGAGUAUGUAGCAUUUUGUGAUAACAAGGCCACUGUAUAUUCUCUAAAUUGAAAAGAAAAGAUACCUGGUGCUUUACUCAACACUUAAAAUUAUUUCGAUUUUUCUUCCAUCGUUUAGAUGCCCUUUAUGGUUUUUUAAAAAAUUCGUAUUUCUGACCCAGAUAUCCGAGGUUUUCAGGGUCAGUCUAUUCUCAAUAAUUAAUGGAGAAAUGCUCUGCCCCCAGAUGUUCCCUGGAGUCCCUGGCUAACCCAUGCGGUAUGCCACUGUCACAAGGGGUUCCAAAGUAUUUGUACUACUGCAAACAGCAUUUCUUCAACAGUCUUCUUUUCCCUCCGCUUAGUAGAUCUUAGCAGCGCACAACUGAAGUCUCUAGCUGGUAUUCUUUCUUAAUGAUGACACUCCAAGUGAUGUACAAGCCUCUUUCAUUUCCAGCUUUCUGAAGGGAGAUGCCAGUGUGUGAGAAUCUGGAUGUUGCCCUUUUUGUGCGCCAUUCAGCACAGCGAGUGUGCAUCUGUUACUUAGAAAGUCUCGAAUUCUAAACAGGAUGAAACUAUUCCAGUUUUAAGGCCAACUGUGAUUAUUAUGAUUGACAAUGUCUGCGUUACUCCUCUGAUCUAAUUAAAGGGGUCUUGUUUCAGUUACUGUCUACAUGAUACACCUUCAACUGCUGACAACGAUAUGCAGUGUUGAUUUCAGCCUCGUACUGUAAAUGUUCUUCACAGAGAGAAUGUGCAAUAGGAAGAUAGGAAGGGUGGCAUAAUUUUGAUGGAUAAAAAAAUGUUGUGGGUAACACGCUCGCAUUCUAAUAAGUAUGAAAUAUGGUUUAUUACCUUUUCCAAUGGAUUAACCCGCUUAGAAAAGUUGAAGAUACAUGCCUGUUUUUGUGCCUGGUGAAUUUCUCAAAUGCAGAGAUAGUAGCGAUUUUUGUUAGCUGCGGUUUAAGUGUUGAACCCAUGAGUGUCAGGUUGUGAUUGUAUUGCUCGUGUUUCUCAGCUUGCCACAAUUUUGACUCAUUGAGUUGGAGUAUAAAAGGUACCACCUAUUUGUAUCUGUAUUCCAUCCCGUGGGUCAGGCAUUUCACCAACAAUGCAAGGUUUCUGUUAUUUUUGUUCUGUUUUCAAAACACUGGUGCUGUUUAGAGAAGCGUUUAGGGAGUGAUAAGAAAAACUGCCUGAACCACAGAAGAGUGAGAAGCGUUACUGCAGUAUUGAUGCCUUGUUAUGAUUUAACUAUGCAAAUAUACAAAUAGGUGAGAGGGAAAAAUUCUUGGGUUGCAUACCUGAUCUCAUAGUCUUUGCUCUUUAAAGUACUCAUUAGUUUGUAGGUACAUACAUAUGCAAACAGACAUGCUUGCACACAUAUAUGCAAAGUCUUUUUGUUUUUAAUGUAGAAGUGAUGAAACAAAACCCUUUCCCCUCAAGUUCUACCUGAUCAAGUGGUGCAAAUAUAACUUGCUCCUGCUGGAGGAGGAUCUGGGCUAAGGGAGAACUUUGGAUUCCCAUCGUUCAUGUCUGAAGUCUUGUGUAUAGCAAACAAGCCACUUACUGACUGGGAAAAUGAGCAAAUUGUGUAGCCUUUCUGGAGACCUUGGAAUGUCACUUAUGACAUGUCCUUCCUUGCACUCAGCUACUUAGGAGAUUUGUGCAUUUGAAACAAACAUAAGGAUGGGCAGCUUGUUAAAGGCAAAUUCACUCUUUUUAAAAAAAAUAAAAAAAUAGAAAACAGCUGGACCCCUUCUUAGAAUUCCUAUCCCAUUCAGUCAAUGCCUCUAUGUUCUGAUUGACCUAGAAAUCAUAGCUACUGCAAAAAAAAAGAUCAAUUUUGGAAUUCAGUCUGAGAGUAGCUUUUUGUGCUGUGUACAGGGCAGUAAGCGCUCUGUAUCUGCAAACGUUUUCUUGUAGCAAGUACUAUUCCUCUUCUGGAAAAAGGAAAUUGAGGCUGAGACAUGAAGUGAUUUGCCCAGAGUUGCGUAAGGAAUCUCCUGGAGCUGAGGCUAAGGGAAAGGAUCCAGUUCUGUAGUGUCAUCUUCCAAUCACUAGGCUCUACUCUUAAUACAUUUGCCUUUUAAAGGAACUGAAAACGAGUUGACAUACCUUAAAGGCCCACAUCAAGACAGUAAGGGCUAGAAUACAAGCUGUCGUGAUUUGGGGUUGUACAUGGAUGGCAGCCUUUGUGUUGCUACCAACAUGGCUGUGCUUUGCCCAGCCUGUGGAGUGGAAGGCCAGCACAACGUGCUGGUGUGAAUAAUUGCAGCAAAUGUGUAUCCUGCUCUCUUUGUUCAAAAAUACCAACAAAGUCUCUUGAUUCUCUUCUCAACAGGAGGGUGAAUGAUACCAUUUUGCAGUGGAUUAAUCUUGGUUCUGCUAGCCUGUAGUGUGGCUGACCAUUUCUUUCUUGAGGUUUGUUUUCUCUCCUUUUCUUUAAACUGAAAUCCAGAGGGCUUACUUGUUCUUUCCUGCCUCUUAAUCCAGGCCUUUCUGAGAAGCACCAGAUAAUGAAGGUUGUGGAAAACUGUGGAAUGCCAAUUCAGGGACAUCUUCUUGAGAUUUAGAAGAGUAGAGAUACACGAGACGUAAAGGAUCUGACUAUUCCUAUUUCCCUUCUAAUUUAUGGGCAAGACUGCAGCUUCUGUCUUCCAUUUCACGAUCUCAGUGUAGAUAUUAGGCUGUGUUUAUUUGUGUUAUUUUUUUUUCUCUCCAAGUUAGGAUUAGUUCCUUAGGGUUCAAACGAGUUCUAAAUUUCACAGAGGAGCACCUGAACCAAAAUCCUGGAUCCGAACACCCCAGACUUGAUGUGACAUUCAUAUCUGGAUCCCAACUCUGUGGCUUACUAACCUACCCAUUCAGGGUUUGUUGUCUCUGUGUGGUGUUUGUGUUUUUGGUCCUUUGGAACUAAGCUUUUAAUUUGGUUGCCAGUUCUGCAAGGACUUUUUAACUUCUUAGCGAUGCCGGUGUUCACACGCUCCAUUGCUGGCAGUGUGAGGCGUAGUGAUAAAAUUUGACUCUGUCUAAGGGUUACUGAGAUAAACCAGCAUUAUCAUUCGUAAGGGUCAUUUUCUUGCAUAGUGUUCUGAGCUUUGGAUUUGAAAAUAGCUCACGUCUGAAAGGACACAUCUUCCAACUAUGACCUGCGUCACUGGCAGAGAGUUGUAUAAUCUGUACUUGUGGAAUGGGAAGGUACCAGCUUCCAUUGUCGCUGAUGCGCCAUGUGAUCCACCUACCUUUUGGUUCUCUUAUAGCCGAUGUUUGGUUGAUGUAUUUUUUCAGUUUUAUAGGAAAAAAAAAAAACAAAACGGGGAAGUUCCGGAUUUUUUCUACAAGCUGUAAAACUCCAAUGAUUUAGUGGUGACUAUAGAGCUGUGAAAAACACCCCAUUGUGAGGUGAUGGGCUGAAAUUGGGUCCAUAUCUCUUAGACAAGGAGGAUAACCUUUAAGAUGCGUGGAACAACGUAAUAAUUGGGAAAACUAAAGCUGACAUUUGUUUCCAAGAAAUUCUGUAAGAAAUAUCUAUGGGAAAGACAUCAGUGAUCAAGAAUAAUGUACAAAUUAUCGUGUUUAAGACUUGUGUAACCAUUUCUUUAAUCUCAUACUCUUCAGUGAACGGUACACUUGUGUUCAGUUUUAUGAUCAAAAACAAAGACCAAAGAAGGCCAACCUCAUUUGAUUGUGUAUAUUCUGCCUGUCUUAACUAUCAAUAGCUGUAAGGAUACAGUGCAAGUGAUCUGGUAACCAGUGAUUCUUGUCCUUUUCAUUUAGGGGGGAAAAACAAUUUUAAAAUGUAUAAUUUAUUGCUCAGCAAUAACCAUGUUGUUAAAAUAAUAAUAAUAAUAAUAAUAAUAA